GCGGGCGGGCCGCCCGUCUGGCGGCGGCGCCGGCGGCCAUGGCGGCGAUGGCGGCGGCGGGGCGGCGGGCGCUGGGGCGCUGGGCCCUGGCGCUGGCGGCGCUGGCGGCGGCGGCGGCGGCGCUGGACAACGGCGUGGCGCGGACGCCGCCGAUGGGCUGGCUGCACUGGGAGCGCUUCCUCUGCGGCACCGACUGCGCCGCCGACCCGCGCCACUGCGUCAGCGAGCAGCUCUUCAGGGACAUGGCUGACCUGAUGGCCUCCGAGGGCUGGAAGGACGUGGGCUACGAGUACCUCUGCAUUGACGACUGCUGGAUGGCUCCAACGCGGGACAAGCGCGGUAGGCUCCAGCCGGACCCCGAGCGCUUCCCCAGCGGGAUCCGCAAGCUGGCAGACUAUGUCCACUCCAAAGGGCUGAAGCUGGGAAUUUACAGCGAUGUCGGGAACAAGACUUGCGCUGGCUUCCCCGGCAGUUACAAUCACUAUGAGCUGGACGCCCAGACCUUCGCCUCCUGGGGCGUGGACCUGCUCAAGUUUGACGGCUGCAACUCUGACACACUGGAGCUGCUGGCAGAAGGUUACAGAAACAUGUCUCUGGCCCUGAACAAGACUGGAAGAAGCAUUGUGUACUCCUGUGAAUGGCCUUUCUACCUGAGGCCUGUGCAGCAGCCCAAUUACACAGAGAUCAAGCAGUACUGCAACCACUGGAGGAACUUUUAUGAUGUCUAUGAUUCUUGGAGCAGCAUCAAGAGCAUCUUGGACUGGACAGCAAUUCACCAGGACAGCAUUGUGAAGAUAGCUGGGCCCGGGGGCUGGAACGAUCCUGACAUGCUAGUGAUUGGGAACUUUGGGCUGAGCUGGGACCAGGCGGUGACCCAGAUGGCGAUGUGGGCUAUCAUGGCAGCUCCCCUCUUCAUGUCCAAUGACCUGCGGGACAUUAGCCCCCAGGCCAAGUGGCUGCUCCAGAACAAAGAGGUGAUUGCCAUCAACCAGGACCCGCUGGGCAAGCAGGGAUACCGCAUCACCAAGGACAAGAACUUCGAGCUGUGGGAGCGGCCUCUGUCAGGCAGCGCCCAUGCCGUGGCAGUGCUGAACCGGCAGGAAAUUGGGGGACCUCGUAACUUCACCUUCUCCCUCACUUUCCUUGGCAACGGGCUGGCCUGCAACCCAACGUGCUCCGUCCAGCAGGUCCUGCCAACCAGCAGAGACUGGGGAUUUCACAGCUGGGUCUCCUCCCUGAGCGUCGAGGUGAACCCAACAGGCACCGUACUGCUGAAAGUAGUGGCGUUAUAGGAGGUACAAGACGAUCUUCCUGUGAGCCUCCAUCUCUCUAGACUUCUUGUCACAGGGAGAGUGUCUCCUGCUUCCAAGUGGGAUGCCUGUGUUCCCCCCUCAGACAUUCACCACUCAAGUGCUUCUGUGUGCACCUCGAAUCCUCUGCCUAAUGCACCAAAGACCCAUCACUUCAUUGUGAAGAGAACAGAGAAGCAGUUGCUGCUUGACUUCUCUACGCUUUCUCUAGCAUCUCACCUAACUCUCCUUUCCCAAGGGGCUCCAAGGGCCCCAGCAGGGCAGCAACUCCUUUGUUAAUAGCCAGUGCCACCAGUAACUGAAGAGCUGGGAAGUACACAUGCAGCAUGCUACAGCUCUUCUUCAUCAUUUCAGGGACAAUUAAGGAAACGCACUCCUGCUGCCUUGUUCUUGCUUUCUCAAGAUGGGUGAUAAUUACACUCACUCUGAGGAAGGGGGGGGAAAAAAAAAAAAAAAGACAGACACCACCCUCUCCUACCCCUGCUGAAGAAAUGAAGAAACCCAACCCCCUCCUCAGAGUGUGGCCAUCCCCUUCUGCCUUCUGACAACUCAGGGACAGUCCUAGCUCGCUGCACUGAGCAAUUGCCUUCUCACUAGUGUCUGCUUUGUAUGAACAUGGCUGAAGUAUCAUGCCUGAGAACUGACCUUCAGGCAUUCCUCCUCCUCCCAGAAGUCUUGCCAGGAAAAUGGCAGUCACUCCCUUUUGGGAAAUAAUUCCCCCCCCCUACCCUCCAUGGGGCCAGGGAGGUCACCCUCCUUAUUGAGCUCCCCUCCAGAAAUAUUUACGUGCCUUCUAGGGCUGGCAGUAACCUUUAGGUUAAGUUACACAGGUCCUGCUGAGAUAGGAAAUGACUAUUUAAUCACUUAUGCAAACAGCAUGUACAAGGGUGUUCCCCUCUGUUACACAAUCAGGGUAUCUUGAUUUGUCCUCACUUUUGUGAUUUAAAAACUUGAAUUAAAAUGCCCCUAAAAAGGGCUAAGCUUUCUUAAUCAUGCUAUAGUACAGCCUGGUAUUUGGCCUUGUUUCCUAAAAACAGAUUAAUUUCACUUUGUAGUAAAGAAGACAACUUUCACUAGAGCUUAGGUACUUGGACAACGCUUGGUAAAGCCACAGUGCUGACGCGAUGCAGCUACACAGAUCAAGCCACAGGCAGAACCCACCAACACCACUGCUGCAAACGGCUUAAGCUGCAGAAGCUCCAGCCACGUUAGCCAGCAGUACUGAAUAAGCAAAAAUGCGAGUUGUAUUCCUGCUCUGUAACUUACAUCUCUCAAUCUCUACAAAGACACAAGGAGGCAUUUUCCAUCCUUCAGCUCUAUUCCCACUACAGAAAAAUUACUCUAAGUUCCUUGUGCUCUCAGCACCCAGUAACAGCAAAUUUCCUGACUUCAAACCCACCAUAGAGAUUUAAAGUAAUUCUGAAAUAGUACUACAGAGAUAUAAACUGUUGUAAAUGAAAUAAAAACUGUACAAGUUUA